CAUCCCAAACACACAUACACACACCCCCAUCCUCCACUGUCUCUGUCUUUUACACAUAAAUACUCUUUAUACGUACUCUCCUUAAUGCGAACAAUAAAAAAGGAAAAUGUUAUUUAAUUGAAUUUAUUUAAGCUUGCCUUUUCACCUGAUGCCGAUGAUGACGAUGAUGGUGGUGGGGUGGGUUCGUCGGGAUUUCUCGUUCUAGCACCCCCGCAAAACACUUAUUUCACCUUAAUAAUCAAAUGAGUUUCCGCUCUCAAAUUACGGCCGCAAUCUGUUUAACCCGGCCCUAUCUUAGCCGAGCCCGUAGCACCUGGGGAGGGCCAUCUGCGCCUGUCUAUAUGUCUUGGGGAUCCCAAGUGCCGCUAUAUAUGAGAGGUUAAGUGGGUGGGGGUGUGGGGGCCCCUCCUGCGGCACGGCCAUGCAGUGCCCACGGUGUCGACAGAAGCAGAAGCACACAGAGUGCGAGGCAAGUGUUCUCAUUAUCCUCGUGCUCUACUUUUUACAGCGGUUGACUCUGUGGGCCACGCACAGUGGGUCGAAGGCGAUUUGUCUGCGGGGGUGGGCACUUUCCACCCGACUUAACCCAGAGAGCAUAAGGGGUUAAAUAAUCAAUGACAGAAUCUGAAAUUUUAAUGGCGUAACGCUACUUUGAAGAUUGCGUCUGUUUAGACGGCAUUUACGCCUUUUAAAUCCUGCUCGUUUGAUUGGGGAAAUAUGUGAGCAAUACAAGAUUUCCUUACAAUAUACUCUUUCUCAGAUAUUACAAACUAAAUUAUUUAUCUUAAUAAAAUAGUAACUAAUUUUCUUCCAUCCCACUACUACUACUUCGUUUGUUUGACAUCGCGUCUGCUUUAAACGUUUAUCAAAAUCAUAAUACCCUUUGCAAGGGUGUGAAAACCAUUGCUGCAUAAACUCUUCGUUUCUAAUUAAUAAACCUAUUAAUUACUGGGUUUAAAUGCACACACCAUUGGGGGAAUAAAUUACAUUUUAAUGGUAAUAAUUCGAUUCAAUCUGGGUUUGACAUUUUCAACUAUCGGAAAUCUCUUUCCUACAUUACUUCCAACCCAUAGGAGUGCCUAAUGAGCUCCUGGAAAAAUCAUCGGCGAAUAAAUUAAUUAAGUGCUUUGAAAAUGAGAACCACUCAGUUGCAUUGCUGAUUUACGCCAACUGUCAGAAAGCAUAGAGCCGCGUUCAGCACUUGACUGUCAAUAUAUCCAAAUGGAUUUCACGGACCAUUGCACACACCGCCCAUCACACUUGCCACCCAGUUCGCCACACACUUUAUUUCAGCACCCACUGUGCCCCGGGUCGUUGAAACAUCAUUUACGUUAUAAUUCUUAUUGAAAUACACGUUUGAAUUAACAGUUCCGGUGUUGGGAUAAUAAAAGCUGAGGUGGGUGGAGUUGGAUAGCAGGCCGGCCUGCAGAAUUCAGGCUGGAAAAGGGCGGCAGUACAGGCAGCUUAAUGAAUUCAUGUUCGGACACAGGCUGCACACAUCGAAGAGGAUGGCCUGGGACUCCCAUCGAAGCACGGCUCGACUGCUCCUUCUUUUUCUGUUCCUGUGUUUUUAAUUAUACACACGUCGUAGCCAUUACAUUCCAUUCGGUAUUGUGUCGCAUCUAGAUGACCUGCACUCGAAAAAUGGUUCCACUGCGUUUUCUCAGUUUACUUGAGAGCUCUCGGAACUGACAGCUCCGUUCGUACUAGCUUGGGAAGAGUGGUCUUGGCCAGUUUUUGACAAUUGCCCUUAUAAGUAAGUUUUAAGAAGCAUAGCCUCCAUAAAAUAUUGAUGAAUAGACUCAGACUUAACCCACUGAAUUCUACCAGCGCCUUAUAUAGAUACACAAUCUAUUACAGCUAUGAGCUUGAAAUAAAUAAACACAAGUAUUUCUAGAUCCACGCCUAUAAAUGCGUAUCAAAUAUUUUCCACCUUUUCCGCAGCAUGUGUGUUAUUUCCAGCCUUUUUAGGCCGUAAAAUGUUUUGAGUGUGACUCCACCUGCAGUCCCCAUUCGCAUUCGCCAUGUCAGUUGGCUGACUGCGUCAGCAGGAGCAGACAUUUGGCUCCUGGCUGUGGCUGUGGCUGCGGCCCGGAUCCUCAGAAACCAACUCCCAUCAACGGCAUCAACAUAUCACCAUCAUCGAUGCCAGCCGGCAAACGAAUAUCCAGCCAAAAUGUUUGGUUUAAUUGGUUUUGUGUUCGGCAUUGAAUGGUUUAUGGGCCGCAUGUGUCUGUCGGUGUUAUUGUUGUCCUAUUCCACAGCUGGAGAGGCAAUGCCUUCGGGCCUCCGUGUUCCUUGCCGCAACUCUUCUAGCCACGUGCACUAGUACGAAUGUGUCGUUGUGUCAAUUUCGGUAAUGUAAAUUCAGACAUGUCCUUGUUUCAUUUGCAUUCGUAUGUUAUUUAUGUGCCAGUGCCAGUCCCCCUGAAACCCCCCACAUUUCCACUCUUUUCGGGGUCGGAGGUCUGAUGUGGUGACAGCUGCGUGUCUGUUUGUAAUGGAUAAGUGUUUCCGUGUUGCGUAAUUAGCACGAGAUUAACGAACUCUCAGACGGCAAACAAAGGGCUGAUUUGGUUUGACUUCUGUCUUUCUGCUGCCUCGGAUGUUUUUGUUAGGGAUAUUGCAUAAGUACAAGCAUCAAACCCCCUGUUAAUGAUAAGUUAAAGUGGGCUUAGAAUCCACCCAUUCAUGCAUAGUCUUAACUAAACAUACUGACAUUUCCCUAUUUGCCUGUCUUGUUAAAUGUUCUUAAAACCAUAAAGGAGGUACCUCCAAAUCUGGUCUACUUAAAAAAUUUAAGUUUUUCGAUUUGGGAUCAGUAUGGCCAAUAAUUCACAUGGAAAGACAAAAAUCUGGGUCCAAGUAGGCUGAAGGAAAGUUGUCAGUAUCCUUUGGGUUCAAAUCCAAAUUUCAGUUGACAUCACGCGGUAUACUCGAACGGAACUCACUAUAUCAAAUACGUUUUAAUAUAUUUUUAGAUUUUUUUCACGAUGAAGCAAUUUGCACUGACGACCUGCAUCCGCCGUAUCUGGAUCAUGUCCGGUUGGUUGCGCCAGGAGGCGGCCAUUGCAGCUGGCAUGUUGGUGGUGCAGCGUCAUCAGGUGGAGUUGAGGGAGGAGGAGGAAGUCAAGGUCGAGCAGCAGGUGGCAGCCAGUGGUGGCGAGGUGGGCGUCGAUUCCCAAGGCAGACUCCGCCGUGUGCGCAUGCUCGACGAUUACAUUCUGCCCUUUGAAUGCGGCAUGUGAUUCUUGAUCCGUAGCUCCCGUUCUUCUAUCUGGUUCUGCCCUUUAGCUGGGGUCUUGAGUUAUUUUCGCUUUUUGGAGUACUUUGCUGUCUGCGCUUUGGGAGUUCAAAACUGUAACGUGGUCGGCCUUCUGCAGAAGCCACACAUCCAAAUUUUGGUCUGACCCACGUAAUCGUCACUGAAUCAUCAAUGGAGUCUCGUUCUUCACUUGGACGGACAACGGAAUAAAUGUGUUAAUCAAAGCAUUGGUUUCAUGCACCAAAAUUGUAGACGAAUAUGUCUGACUUUGUUUAUGUAAAAUUUUAUUUUUUAAAAGUAGUUGAAGUUCAUCACUACAUAUUUGCGAAUUUAAAAUUAAACAAUACUGGUGUCAAAAUCACAAAGUCUAAAAAUUGUUAAAGGUGCCCUUACUGACUGGUUUUAUAAGAUCGGGGCUAUUCAUCACCUUUCAACUUUAAGAAUCGAAAAUAUAAGAAAAUAAACAUUGUACAUUAAAAAAGGGUUAUCUUAAAUACACUAAAAUAUAAAGUAUAUGAAUGGCAUUGCUAGAAGAAAUCGUAUGCCAAAAAUUGUGUUCAGAACUGUUGAUACAAGUUAAAAAAACUGGAUUUACUUAAUUGUCUUUGAUAAUAAUAUUAAGAUAUAGUAUAUGGAAGUGUUCGGGCUUCAUGGGCUUAAGUCUGUUUGACGUGAAUAAAUACAUCUGCUUACUAAA